AUGACGCCACUUCCGGCCCUGCGCAGUUCGGGGGCGUCGGGCCCGGCGCGCACGGGGUCGCUCCCGGUGAGAGCGCGGGAAAAAAAACACCCCAAAAAGGGGGCGGGGCCAACUGGGAAAGGGGCGGGGCCCGACCGGGAGAAGGGGGCGGGGUGUAUCCCAGGUGUAUUCCAGGUGUAUCCCAGGUGUAUCCCAGGUGUAUCCCAGGUGUCUCCAGGUGUAUCCAGGUGUCUCCAGGUGUAUCCCAGGUGUAUCCAGGUGUCUCCAGGUGUCUCCAGGUGUAUCCCAGGUGUAUCCCAGGUGUCUCCAGGUGUCUCCAGGUGUCUCCAGGUGUAUCCCAGGUGUAUCCCAGGUGUCUCCAGGUGUAUCCCAGGUGUAUCCCAGUUCCUGAGCGCCUGCUCGGCGGCCACGCGGGAGCACCCGGAGGUGCUGCCGUUCCUGCGCUCGCGCCACGCCCGCGCCCGCCCCGAGUUCCGCGGCUCCGCCGAGUUCCGCAACAUCCUGGGGAGGCUCCUGCGCCGCCUGCGCGGCCGCCGCGCCAAGGCCUUCGUCUACAUCAACGAGCUCUGCACCCAGCUCAAGGCCAGGGCCCUGCCCAGGCGGCUCCAGCUGCUCCCGCCCCCGCCGCCCAGUGGCUCCCAGUAUCCCAUUGGAGCGUCCCAGUAUCCCGGAGUAUCGUCCCAGUAUCCUGGAGUAUCGUCCCAGUAUCCUGGAGUAUCGUCACAGUGUCCUGGAGUAUCGUCCCAGUAUCCUGGAGUAUCGUGCCAGUGUGCUGGAGUAUCAUCCCAGUGUCCUGAUGGGUCGUCCCAGUGUCCUGGAGUAUCGUGCCAGUGUGCUGGAGUAUCAUCCCAGUGUCCUGAUGGGUCGUCCCAGUAUCCUGGAGCAUCGUCCCAGUGUCCCCAUGGGUCGUCCCAGUGUCCUGGAGCAGCGUCCCAGCGUCCCACCAGUUCGUCCCAGUGUCCCCAUGGGUCGUCCCAGUGUCCUGGAGUAUCGGCCCGGUAUCCUGAUGGGUCGUCCCAGUGUCCUGGAGCAUCGUCCCAGUGUCCUGGAGUAUCGUCCCAGUAUCCUGAUGGAUCAUCCCAGCAUCCCACCAGUUCGUCCCAGUGUCCCGGAGCGUCGUCCCAGUAUCCCGAUGGGUUGUCCCAGUAUCCCGGAGCAGCGUCCCAGCAUCCCACCAGUUCGUCCCAGUAUCCCGAUGGCACUUCCCAGUAUCCCGCUGGAUCGUCCCAGCGUCCCAACGGCACUUCCCAGUAUCCCGGAGCGUCGUCCCAGCAUCCCACCAGUUCGUCCCAGUGUCCCGGAGCGUCGUCCCAGUGUCCCGAUGGCACUUCCCAGUAUCCCGAUGGCACUUCCCAGUAUCCCACUGGAUCGUCCCAGCAUCCCCCUGGAUCAUCCCAGUAUCCUCCUGGAUCAUCCCAGCAUCCUCCUGGAUCAUCCCAGCAUCCUCUUGGAUCAAACCAGUAUCCCCCUGGAUCAAACCAGCAUCCUCCUGGAUCGUCCCAGUAUCCUCCUGGAUCAUCCCAGUAUCCCCCUGGAUCAAACCAGCAUCCUCCUGGAUCAUCCCAGUAUCCCCCUGGAUCGUCCCAGUAUCCCGACGUCUCGUCCCAGCACCCUGACGGUUCAUCCCAGCAUCCUGGAGCCUCAUCCCAGUAUCCCGGAGCCUCAUCCCAGUAUCCCAACGCCUCAUCCCAGCAUCCCAGAGCCUCAUCCCAGUAUCCCGGAGCCUCAUCCCAGCAUCCCAACGGCCCUUCCCGCCCGGACAGCUCCUCCCACCGUCCCCGAGAUGCCUCCCGGUGCGGGGGCGGCUCCCGGCGGCAGAUCCGGCACCUGGAGAACCUGCUGCGCGUCUACGCCGGCGAGAUCCGGCGCCUGCAGGAGCGGGAGCUCGACUUCCAGGAGCUCGACAGCGCAGACUCGCCCUACCUGCAGGAGAACCGGCUGAAGCGUCGGAUGAUGCGGAUCUUCCGCCGCCUGUGCCAGCUGAAGGAGUGCAGCCAGCUGACGGGCCGGGUGCUGGAGCAGCGGAUCCGCUUCCGCGGCACGCGCUACCCGGAGGUGAACCGGCGCAUCCAGCGCCUCAUCAACCGGCCCGACGCCUUCCCGGACUACUCGGACAUCCUGCGGGAGAUCCGCACGGCCAGCCAGCGGCACCGCCUGGGGCUGCCCCGCCGGCACAUGGAGAGCCUGGCGCAGGAGGCCUUCCGAGAGGUCGGCAACCGCCUGCAGGAGAGGAGGCACCUCGACCUCGUCUACAACUUCGGGAGCCACCUCACCGAUGAGUAUCGGCCUGGCACGGACCCGGCGCUGUCGGACCCGGCGCUGGCGCAGCGGCUGCGGCGGAACCGGCGCGUGGCCCUGGAGAGCCUGGACCGGGUGAUCCAGCACUUCUGUCACCGCCAGGAGCGCCGGGAAAGGAGCAGGGAGGGGGCCAGGAGGGGCAGGGGGAAGAAACAGGAGGAGGAAGAGGAAGAGGAAGAAGAAGAAGAAGAAGAAGAGGAAGAAGAAGAAGAGGAAGAGGAAGAAGAGGAGGAAGAAGAGGAGGAGGAGGAAGAGGAAGGGGAGUCCUCUGAGGCCGAAGGGUCCCCGGGGAAGGGGAAGGAGGAGGAGGAGACGGAGGGGGAGGAAGAGGAAGAGGAAGCAGAGGAGGAGGAAGAGGAAGAGGAAGAGGAAGAGGGGGAGGGGGAAGGAAGUGAAGCCACCGCUGCUGCUGCUGCCACAGGUGCCACCUCUCAGGAGGCCCCUCCCCUGCUCCUCCCCCACCCCCCCUGA